AACAAACCGUGGGGUCAAACGAAGACGGGGAGGGACGGGGCGACCUUCACAUUGCCUCAAGAUUUCCCCCAAGACAUAAUUCUUUUUUCCUUCCAAUUAUAUUCUAAGCGCAUUCCUCACUAAUAAUGGCUCACGAUUUUGCGCCGUUAACCAACGAUCUGAUCCUAAGGACAGCAAGAGGUGAGGAUGUAGAACGCGCGCCAAUAUGGAUCAUGCGUCAAGCUGGUCGGUAUCUACCCGAAUACCACGAAGCCAAGGGCAAACGUGACUUCUUCGAAUGUUGCCGAGACCCCGAGGUCGCCUCAACCCUGACUCUGCAGCCCAUUGAGCGGUUCGCCGGCCUGCUAGACGCCUCAAUCAUCUUCUCCGACAUCCUCGUCGUACCGCAGGCCCUGGGAAUGAUCGUCGAGAUGGUAGAUAAGAAGGGGCCACACUUCCCGGAUCCGUUGAGGUCGCCCGACGAUGGUCAAUACUCCAAGGUCCUCAACAAGAAUGUUGAUGUCGCGGCUGAGCUGGAUUACGUAUAUAAGGCGAUAACCUUGACGAGGAAGAAGUUGAAAGGCCGUGUGCCGCUAAUUGGCUUCUGCGGUGCUCCCUGGACUCUCUUUUGCUAUAUGGUCGAAGGAGGUGGUACGAAGCUGUUCAUCGAGAGUAAGAAGUGGAUUUACCGACACCCCGAGGAAUCAAAGGCCUUACUUCAGAAGAUAUCAGAGGUCUGCGUGGAAUACCUAGCGCUGCAGGUCAAAGCAGGCGCUCAAUUGGUUCAAGUCUUCGACUCGUGGGCAGGGGAGCUCUCACCCUCGACAUUCAAGAAGUUCAGUGAGCCUUACCUAGCUUACAUCUCGGAGAAUUUACCGAAGAGGCUGGCGGAGCUGGGCUUAGAGCGUGUGCCCAUGAUUGUUUUCGCUAAGGGAGCCAAUUUCGCACUAGACUCGGUUUGCAAUCUAGGCUACGACGUUGUGGGUUUGGAUUGGCAGAUCGACCCGGCUGAGGCCGUCAAGAUCCGGGGAAACAGGCGGAUUGUCUUUCAGGGGAAUGCGGACCCGGGAGUUUUGUACGGGACAAGAGCGUCCAUAUCUGAGACGGUAGGGGAAAUGGUUAAAGGUUUUGGGGGCGGCAAGAAGGGCUGGAUUGCCAAUCUUGGUCACGGUAUCACACCAUUGGUGAACCCGGAAGAUCUAAAGUUCUAUCUACAGGAAAUCCAGCGAUUGACUAGUAGGUAACGAAGCCCUCUAGAAUCUACUUUAUGAGCUAGCGAAUCUAGAUGCCCUAAAGAGAGAGAAAAAGGUUACCUAUUGAUCUGGAAAGCUUCUGUCCAGGUCUAUUCCGCUCCUAAUUGCUGUUAGAACACUAUGCUUCAUAAAAGCAAAUAAAUUAGUGUCAAGGUUUCAACUUUC